AUCGGAGCCCAUUUGAAAUGUCUUGGCCUAGUCGAUGGACCUUAGUGACUAACGUAUCUCGGGUUUCUAUCACUAAAGUUAAGAGAUCGAAGCAAUGUCGUCUGAGAAGAUGGGACCGGUUGGUGGUAACAUGGGAGAUGCAUUCACUGAUGGUGCUUUCGACGGUGUGAAGAAAAUAACUGUCGGAAAAGACCUUGACUGUGUAUCUUAUAUCAAGAUCGAAUACGAAAAGGAUGGAAAAUUUGAAACCCGUGAACACGGGACUAUUCGCGGGGAACUAAAAGAGUUUGCGGUGGAUUAUCCAAGUGAAUGUAUCAUAGCCGUUGGUGGAAGCUACGGUAAUGUUGACCGCUAUAAGGCAGUGCUAAUCAAAUCGCUAUUCUUCAAAACCUCUUACGGAAGAACCUCUCCGAUAUUCGGUGAGACGAAUUCAUCUGGAAAAGAAUUCAUGUUGGAGGGUAAAAAUGAAGGAAAGCUUCUUGGAUUCCACGGACGUUCUGGUCAGGCUAUUGAUGCCAUUGGUGCAUAUUUUUCGCCAGUUCCUGAACCUGAAAAGCAGGAAGCAAUCGGUGGUAACAUGGGAGAUGUAUUCGACGAUGGUGUUUUUGAAGGUGUGAAGAAAAUAACUGUGGGAAAAGACCUUGGCUGUGUGUCCUAUAUCAAGAUUGAAUACGAAAAGGACGGAAAAUCUGAAACCCGUGAACAUGGGACGAUUCGUGGGGAACUAAAAGAGUUUGCGGUGGAUUAUCCGAAAGAAUGUGUCAUAGCCGUUGGUGGAAGCUACGGUCAGGUUGACCUCUAUAAGGCAGUGCUGAUCAAAUCGCUAUUCUUCAAAACCUCUUAUGGAAGAACCUCUCCAAUAUUCGGUGAGACGAAUUCCUCUGGGAAAGAAUUUUUGCUCGAGGGUAGAAAUGGAGGAAAGCUUCUUGGGUUCCACGGACGCUCUGGUCAGGCUAUUGAUGCCAUUGGUGCAUAUUUUUGGCCAUUCCCCGCACCCGUACCCGAAAAGCGGGAAGCAGUGGGUGGUAACAUGGGAGAUGCAUUUGACGAUGGUGUUUUCGACAGUGUGAAGAAAAUAAUUGUCGGAAAAGACCUUGAUUGUGUGUCUUAUAUCAAGAUCGAAUACGUAAAGGACGGAAAAACUGAAACCCGUGAACACGGGACGAUUCGCGGAGAACUAAAAGAGUUUGCGGUGGACUAUCCGAAUGAAUGUAUCACAUCUGUUGGUGGAAGCUACGGUCAUGUUAACCGCUAUAAAGCAGUGCUGAUCGAAUCGAUGUUCUUUAAGACUUCUUAUGGAAGAACCUCUCCAAUAUUCGGUUCAUCUGGAAAUGUAGCUGGGAAAGAAUUCUUGCUCGAGGGUAAAAAUGGAGGAAAGCUUCUUGGGCUCCAUGGACGCUCUGGUCAGGCUAUUGAUGCCAUUGGUGCAUAUUUUUGGUCAGUUCCGGCACCCGAAAAAAUUGAAGCAAUGGGUGGUAACAUGGGAGUUGCAUUCGACGAUGGUGUUUUCGACGGUGUGAAGAAAAUAAUUGUUGGAAAAGAUCUUGGCUGUGUGUCUUAUAUCAAGAUCGAAUAUGAAAAGAACAAAAAAAUUGAAACCCGUGAACACGGGACGAUUCGCGGGGAACUGAAAGAGUUUGCGGUGGAUUAUCCGUAUGAAUGUAUCACAUCCGUUGGUGGAAGCUACGAUCAUGUUGACCUCUAUAAGGCAGUGCUGAUCAAAUCGCUAUUCUUCAAAACCUCUUACGGAAGAACCUCUCCGAUAUUCGGUGAGACGAAUUCAUCUGGAAAUCAACUCAUGCUCGAGGGUAAAAAUGGAGGAAAGCUUCUUGGAUUCCACGGACGCUCUGGUCAGGCUAUUGAUGCCAUUGGAGCUUACUUUGGAACCGCCAUAGGUGUGGGAUGUGGUAACGGAGGAACUUAAGGAGGAAGGUUACAAGAUCGUUGAAAAGCUGGUGAUUUGGUUCAUCAGAUCGAAGUCCAUGUCGUGUCUAUCUAUUAUCACCAAUAAAAGACUUGCUCUUUA